AUUUCGCAAGCUGCAAAAUAGCUCAAUAAACCUUAAUCGAAUUGCAUGUAGCUGACAAAUGAAUAGAUAUAAAUCAUUUUAAGGGAUACAAGCGCGAGCUGCGUGCGAAGCCAACGGUUCACACAACACUAUUCAAGAAUGGGCUACGAUGUAAACCGCUUUCAAGGCGAAGUGGACGAGGAGUUGACAUGUCCGAUAUGCUCCGGCGUGUUGGAGGACCCACUGCAGGCGGUGAUGUGCGAACAUGCCUUUUGUAGAGGCUGCAUCAAUGAGUGGCUGACACGCCAGCCCACUUGUCCUGUGGAUCGUAACGCCCUGACAACGGCGAAUCUCCGCGCUGUACCGCGCAUCCUACGCAACCUGUUGUCUAGACUCUCUAUUACCUGUGACAAUGCUCCCCACGGCUGCACGGCAGUGCUAAAGCUGGACGCCUAUAAUGGACACCUUGAGGAGUGUCUGCAUAAUCCAAAACGGCCUUUCCCCUGCGAGAAAGGCUGUGGCUUUGACAUACCCAAGGACGAACUAAAGGAUCACAACUGCGUGCGUGAGCUGCGCACCUUGAUUGUAAAGCAGACGGAGAAAAUGGGCCAGUUGAAAACGGAGCUGACCGACCAGCAGAUUACAAUAAAUGAGUUGAAACGGGAGCUGCAACUGUUCAAGGAUUUUAUGCGCGCUAUGCGAGUUUCGAAUCCAGCUAUGCGCGCCAUAGCCGAUCAAAUGGAACGCGAUGAGGUGAUCCGUUGGAGCAGCGGCCUGGCCCGAGCGAGGGUCACGCGAUGGGGUGGCAUGAUCUCUACGCCCGACGAUGCCCUGCAGUUGAUGAUUAAACGAGCCCUUUCGGAAUCUGGCUGCCCCCCACACAUACUGGACAGUCUAAUGGAAAAUUGCCACGAGCGACGCUGGCCGCGUGGGCUCAGCUCGCUUGAGACGCGACAGAAUAAUCGCAGAAUCUACGACAGUUACGUAUGUCGACGUAUACCAGGCAAACAGGCUGUUCUCGUGCUUAGCUGUGACAACGUGCACAUGACGGAAGAUGUUAUGGUCGAACCUGGUUUGGUUAUGAUAUUUGCGCAUGGUAUCGAGUAGAGCGAGCUCUGCACCUUUAACUAUUACCACGUAAUUUACAUGUACGUAUCUUUAUUGUAUAUCAGACAGUGCUCAGUUUUGUUGUUUCCUUAACUUAAUGCAUAAGCUGCGAAUUUAAUACAAGCUUAUCAGUUAUAAAUGUAGCAUUAGUUUAAGAAAUUAACUCGCAACACUCAAAACACAUUCAAGCGCCUCAUGACGACUUUCAAGUUGUAAAAAACAAAAACAAAAAUUGUUUCAAAUUUGUUUUCUAUGAUGUAUACAUAUUGUAGGUACUUAUUCCAUAAAUACGCAUUAUGAUUACACAUUUAUACGUUUAGUUUAGCGAUCUCAAAUAAUAAUUUUUUG